AAGGCAAAGCGUCUAUGGUGUCACUAGCCUCCAACAGGAAGCAUUUCUUCCUAGGGUGCCAGUUGUCAUGAGGUGUUUUCUGAGACGUUCACUUGCAGUAGCCAUUUCUUUACUUAUGUUCCUGCUCAUCAUAAAUCUGACUCCUUGGACCCAAGAGGAUUCUGAGACGAAGGCGAUACGGCGAUGGGCUCAGAGUGUGGGGCUGAACCAGCUUCACGCUGACUGGAACCGACAAAACAUUCAACAGCUAGGCAAUGCCACCAACUUCUUGAAUGUAUCUUAUCGCUAUCUUGCUGGCGCCCCCCCACUCCAGAAAAAGUUUCUGACAGUGGGGCUGUGCUCUGUCAAGCGGAAGCGGGAGAACUAUCUCCUGGAAACCCUGAGGUCCGUCUUUGAACAAUCAACAUCAGAAGAGCUGAAGGAGAUGGUGGUGGUGGUACACUUAGCUGAUACGGACCAGGAGUGGAACGCUCAAGUGGUGGAGAAAGUUGCCAAGCAAUUUGCUCCUCAGCUCCUGAUGGGCCGCCUACUAGUUAUCCAUGCCCCUUCUGAGUACUACCCUCCCCUGGAAGGCCUAAAAAGGAACUUCAAUGAUGCUGAAGACCGUGUGCAAUUCAGGUCUAAACAGAAUGUGGAUUAUGCCUACCUCAUGAAUUUUGCAGCCAACCUUUCCACCUACUACCUCAUGAUCGAGGACGACAUUCACUGUUCCAAGUCUUUCUUCACCGCCAUCCAAAAGAGGGUGGCAGCCCUGGGGGGAUCCUACUGGGUCACCCUGGAGUUCUCCAAGCUUGGCUUUAUCGGCAAGCUCUACCACUCCAGCGAUCUGCCCCAACUUGCUCGGUUCCUCAUGCUCUUUUACCAAGAGAUGCCGUGUGACUGGCUUUUUGUGCACUUUCGCCUCCUCCUUACCCAGAAGGACGUGAUUCGUUUCAAGCCAUCCCUCUUCCAGCACAUUGGCCAUUACUCUUCCUUCCAGGGCACUGCAAACAAGCUGAAAGAUGAAGACUUUGAAGAGGACCUCUCUACCCUCCCUGACAAUCCCCCUGCAGAUAUGGUUACAGAUAUUGUGACAUUUGAGAACUAUCUACCCUAUAAGGCUUACAGCAGCAUGGAGGACUACUUUUGGGGGAAGACCCCAUCUGCCGGCAAUUCGUUUACUCUUGUGUUUAAGCAGGCUGCCCGCCUCUUCCGCAUCCAGAUCCAUACAGGCUCUAAGCAGCGCCCAGAGGACUAUCUCCGGGCCGGGAUUGUGGAGUUGGGCACCGGAAGGAACAUGCGCGGCCUGCACUGCACCAGCUACACCACCAUUGGGCUCUUUAAGAAUGGAAACUUCGACAGACAGAGUCUGGAGAACAGCACAGCCUCUGCUCCCGAGUGUGUGCGCAUCACAGUGACUAAGAAUCAGAGUGAAUGGCUGGUCAUAAACAGCAUAAGCAUCUGGACAAAAUCUGGGCACUGAAGGAACUCCAUGCUGGACAA